GCCUUUGCUGGUUUAUAUAUAUUUCAUUUCUGUUUCUGUAGAGGAAUGUAUAAGUUAUUCGUUGUUUAGAAGGCGACAAAACUCGAACAAAAUUCUUUCCAGUUUCAGAACACCGAGUGCAAAGUUGUUUACACUGAUCAAUGUUUCUGUUUCAGCUGACUCGUUCAUUGUUCCUUAUGGUAUCAACAUUGAAUUUGAACCGACCAACUUCACGGGAGCAAAUCGGUUUACGCAAAUCUAUAUUUCUUUGUUUCAGUUGAGGCGCCACAGGAUUUAACGCCGAUGAACGUCACGAAGAAUUAACAUGCAAUAGGUAUGCGCUACUUCUUAUACCCAGGGCUGAAACACGGCAUAGGAUUCUUAACCACACCGAACAAAUAAAACUGCUAAGAAAUUGCCACUAGCGUCCAUGGAGCAAUAAGUGGGGCCAGCGGGAGCAAUACAGGUGACUACAUAGAAACUGUAGCGUAUGCCCACGCUGAACAGGGAUCCCGGAUUAUGAGACCUAUGUAUACACGCAUUCAUCGAAACUGAUUCACAAUCACCAAAACAGUCACAGCAGUCAGUACACACGUAGUGUAUAUAUGUAUAUAUAUAUAUAUUGACUAUUCUGGGCUAAGGCUGGAGAGAGUGACGAGAGAGAAUAAGGAAAAGAGGAAGAGAGACUUCAAAGUUUCGGCACAUUAAUUCAUCACAUCAAGUUUUAACGAGGUCGUCAACCAUUAAGAAAAGGAGAUUUAAAGACUUGGGGCUAUGAAGGUUAAUUGUUCUAUAUAAAGUUAAUACCAGCGGCGUCUGACAAACAGUGCAAACACCGGGUGAUUAAUCAAUAGACAAAAGGAAGGGCUUAAGGUUUGACUUUAAACGGCGUUUAAUAUGGCGAAAAGUUUCCAGAGUAAAACUGGGCUAGUGACAGUAAUGGUGUGGCUGUUUUCUGUGGAUCUACUCCUCAAGGGGAGUGCCGGUGAACGCGGAGGGUGGAGGCGAAGGCACUGGCGGAGAUCUACAACAACACCAGCACGCUGGCCGUGCGGCUACACGAGCAAUGAGUGCGAGGAGAUCCUUCAGGUCCGCGCCGUGCCAGGCCAGUGUGGAGAAUUCUUUAUGUGCACGUGGAACGGAUGGAAGAAAAAAAUGUGUCCCCCUAACAAACAUUUCAACGAAUCUUUAACUUAUUGCGUUCUCACUGACUCUGAACCUUGCGUACCUGUCGUCUGCCCGGAGGUGACGCAGACGACGGCCAGACAAAUAUCAAAGAUCACUACACGACCUCAGGUUGAGCAGACGACAGGGGCGUCAACGUCGCGAAAUGAUCACAAAGAAACGAUAACUCGGUCACAUUUGGAAGUAACUAGUCCCAAAAGCUCACCACCAUCAGUUCUCGUGGUAACUCAAAGGAAAAACGGAACAAAAGGAAUAACAAUAAGUGGUACGCGGUUGAUACAAACAACAGCGAGCGCAGUUGUGCAAAUAUCAACUGAAGAUAAACCCAAAGAAAAAAUUCCUUCAACGCAGAAAACCACACCAUCGGGUGAAUCCAAUGAUAAUACAAAUGGUUCUACCAUCCUUGAGAAGAGUACACCGGAUGAUCCGUUAUACGUUGGGCAGUCGGGUGUGAAUUCGGCAGUCAUAGUAGGGACAUGUAUAGGGGUGUCCGCGGUGCUCGUUAUAGUAGCAGUGGUGCUCUUCUUUCUGUGGAGGAGAAACCGCGGGAAAGGACACGGAUGCUUUGGGAACGGCGGGCGUUCUCGGAAUUUCCGAGACGACAACUCUGAGAUUUACAGCGAAGUCCUGGAAGACGAGGAACUGGGUAACCCAGCCGUUCGUCACCUCUGUCUGUCCAACUCCAACGCCUUCACUCCAACGAUGCCUAACAAGAACCCGCACAACGAGAACAUGUUGACCAUGAAAGACGGCAUCAUCACGACCCUUCCGCACAGCAAGCAAGUGGAGGAAAAGGCAAACAUGUAUGAAAAAUUACCACGGAAUGCUAGCAGAGAGGAUGCUCACAACGACUAUCAAGCUCUUUUGCCAGACGAAAACAACAGUAAUAUGGAGCCGGACUUGCGACCGAGCCACGUUGUCGCUGAUAAUGCGUCGUACGCAGUGGUAUCGAAAAAAGCGGACAGACAGAAAAAAGGAGGACAAACCGAAAGGGGAUGUGAAGGAUUUCGCCCAACUAGUCUUGCUUCUAAAGCGUCUCGUAACUCGGAAACUUUGAGCAUAGUGCCUCCAAGCAAAUGUAGUACUUCCGUAAACUCUGAUGGAAGUUAUCUAGAACCCAUAGCUAGUCCUACACCGCUGAUAAGAGCGGACGAUUCUAGAAGACGCUCGGAUUUUAUGGCCGACGGUGGGGGGCGUUCCAUGUUCACCAAUCCUGAACAAGGAGAGAGCGAAGAUUAUGAUUACCCCGAGUUUGACAGUGAAACAGAGGGCGAGGAACCGGAGUACUUUAUUCUAGAAAAAGAAGAUGUUCCCCCAAAGUUCACGGGGUAUGAUCCACGAUCUUCAAAAGCUGUCGGAAAUGGCACCGGAGCGAAGCGGUCGUCUGCUAAUUCUUCAGCAGGGCUGCCUCCACAAAACCAGACUACCAAACUGCUACAAAAUGGAAGUAUAGCUGACAGCAGUAGCACUGUUAGUUCCAUAGGAACUUUUCAUUCGGACAACAAUCAAGAUUUACUACAGAGCAUCUUCAGCGUUCUGGGGUCGCAACCAGAGCCAGCAGUUGGCGCUUCAGGGCAAAGACUACUCGAAGGGGAUGGAAGCCGACGUACAAGUGGAACAGCAGUUGAACCCUACGAUGAACGCGAAUAUUAUGAAUUAGAAGAUCCAGAGGAAUGGAAGGGGGACUCAUAGACAUUGAUAAUUUUUUCUAAUAGUUUAAUGCAUGCUGGCAUCUUCAACGACGGUUAGAAAACAGAGCCUCACACACAUCCUCUUAAUUACACUGAAUUACAUGUAUUAUUAUUUUUGCUAAAACUCUACAAACGAGAGGCAUGAGUUUUUCUACCCCUGCCUCCAUCCCCUCUACCCUGUGUUAAAAUACCCUUCCAUCUGAUAUAAUAUCCCAAAGAAUGUUGGACGAGCAAGUGCGUACUAGUAGUAGAGUAGUGUAUGGAAUGCUGACCUAAUUUAUGUUACACCUUGAUAUAAUUUAUCUCAUUUUUUUGGGCAUAGCCACAUGUCAGAUGAAGAUAUCAUCUGUAACUAUGGUAAAGCGAUUUUUUGUGUAAAAGUUGGUGAUUUAAUCUCAGCCCAGGUGGAAGUGGGUAAGAAUUUCAGGGUUUAUUGUACUGCAUCUUAUGAAAACUUACCUACGGUAAAAACUUAAAAAUUUCGUCGGU